ACCAGUACUGUCUCGUUAAUAUCAAGUAGUGUGGGCAUACGCAGGGGGGCUGAACAAGAGCUAAUAGCAGAAAUUUAUUUUUGGUUCAUGACAUUCACAGUUGCCCUUCUGAAGUUAACGGUCGGCGUUCCUCCUGGGUCUUAAUGUCGGGACAGGCUAUAGCACCAGUUGAAAAUUUCAGUCUAAGCUUCAAGCGAUUAUACUUCAUGGAUCAUAUUUUUCAAUAACAAUGGAGUGUACUGGCUUCUUGUAAUAGCAGCUCCUUCUUCAGUUUACAGCGGUCACGACACAACAAGGUAAAUGCUUGAAAGAAGAGUGACCUCCAACAACUGGCAACAUCUGCAGACUGCUAUCCAACACCUACCAUGACCAAAGAGGAUGAGAUCCCUGACUGGGCAGGAGCUCAGGAGUUUUAUAGCAAAUAUGACCCCAAAGAGAUACUGGGAAGGGGAGUGAGUAGUGUUGUGCGACGCUGUAUUGACAAAGGCACCAGCAAGGACUUCGCCGUGAAGAUCAUUGACAUCACACCUUCCGACAAGAUGACACCAAAUGAAAUUGAGGAGAUCCGAGAUUCGACAGUGAAGGAAAUUGACAUCCUCAAGAAAGUCUAUGGACAAGAUAACAUAAUCCAACUGAAGGAUUGUUAUGAGACCAAGGCCUUCUAUUUCUUGGUGUUUGACUUAAUGAAGAGAGGAGAACUCUUUGACUACCUCACUGAAAAAGUUACCCUGAGUGAAAAAGAAACCAGGAAGAUUAUGCGUGCCUUGCUGGAGGUGGUCCAGUUCCUCCACUCCGAGAACAUCGUCCACAGGGACCUGAAGCCUGAGAACAUCCUGCUGGAUGACAACAUGAACAUCAAACUCACAGAUUUUGGCUUUUCUGUGCAGAUCGCUCCAGGACAAAAGCUGAAUGAAGUCUGUGGAACGCCUGGUUAUCUUGCUCCUGAGAUCAUAGAGUGUUCCAUGGAUCCUAACCACGCUGGAUAUGACACUGCAGUCGAUCUCUGGAGCUCAGGGGUGAUCAUGUACACGCUGCUGGCAGGAUCACCUCCUUUCUGGCACAGGAAACAGAUGAUGAUGCUGCGAUUGAUCCUCGCUGGGAAGUACGAAUUCAACUCUCCAGAAUGGGACGACCGCUCCGACACUGUCAAAGAUCUGAUCUCUCGGAUGCUGGUGGUGAACCCUGCGGAAAGAUACACAGCCACAGAUGCACUAAACCAUCCUUUCUUCCAGCAGUAUGUGGUGGCAGAGGUCCGUCACUUCAGUCCAAUUAGGAAGUUUAAGGUCAUAUGCAUGACUGUGCUUGCCGUCAUGCGAAUUUAUUGCAACUACCGCCGGGCCAAGCCUGUGACGAAGGAGGUGAUUCAGAGUGAUCCCUAUGCAGUGAAGCCCAUCCGCAAGCUCAUCGAUGCCCAAGCCUUCAAGAUCUACGGACACUGGGUGAAGAAGGGUCAGACCCAGAACAGAGCCGCCCUGUUCGAGAACACGCCCAAAGCCAUUUUACUCUCCAUUGCUGCAGAACAAGACGCCCCGCUCCAUACGUGGUAACAUCCAUGGAAUUUGGACAAGGUACAUUAAGGAAGUAAAGGAAAUAGACUUGAGUCAUUGAGUAGAUGUGAUGGCAAAACAGUUGCCUGAAUGGUGUCGUUGUUUACUGAACAGAGGGGCACAAUACAAUUAAAUAUAUUUAAAAGUAGGAUAAAAGGUUGCGAAUACAUGAUGUUCCUUUACAUGUUACAUGAAAGGAUCUUCACUGAAAGUGUUGAAUAUUUAGAUGUUACCUGGACAAGUCAAUGUUCUGAAGGGUGAAUACCCUGUGUUCUAAAGUAUGACAUGAUACUGCAUAUGCACUGCAUUAGAGACAUUAUAUUGAUAUACAAAAAUGUCAGUGUUAGGCCGUGGAGGCUACCUGCAAAGCAUUUCCGUGGAAAUAUCUUAUCAUUAAAAAGUCUGUCAUAUAAACCGCAGGGGGUCUAAUUAAAGUGAUGUUUUUUGUUGAUAGAUUAUUUUUUUUAAGAAUGUCUAAAGAAAUAGCAUUUUUUUCAUUUAUAAAAUGUUUGCACUUAAUGUAAUGUAUAUUUCAGUGUUAUUUAUAAAAAUACAGUGAAAUGUCCAGAUAUUUCUUGUAGAGUAUUCAGUGUGAUCUCUGGGACUGUAUUUGUUAGUUGCUGGGAGUAUAUGCAUGUUUGGUAUUGCCUUGCAAAUUUUACUUCAUACAGAAAAAAAAAACAUAUUUAUUGGUGAAUGUUAUGAAUAAACCAAAUUAUAACUCUUA